UUUCCAAUGCCAUUUUACAUAUCACACAUGGUUCUUUUUUACAGUUAAGUUAGACGAAUUUUUAUGAACCCACAUUUACUUAAUUAAUUACCGAAAAGUCACUUAAAAAUAUAAUAUGGAUCGUUAUAAUCGUGUCUGGCGAGAUCCUAAGUCUCCCUUAACACCCUUGACGCCAAGAACAACACAGAUGUUCAAUUUUGAUAACACAUCAGAUUCUAGAACACCAACUGCCUCCUUUGGAAGCCUUAAGCCCAAUUUAUUGGACAUACCGCGGGCUCCAAUACGACGACUGUCUGGUAGUCGAAAUCGAACAUCACGAAGUUUCUCUCAGGAUUUUAUGCGCCUCCGAUCAGUAUUUUCUCCAAAUGCCCAGAGCACAACGACUGAAAAUAGUAGCAUUAAGCAGGAAAAGGUUGUAAAACAGGAGAAGCGAGAAUUUAAGCGGAGCUCCCCGGUGGAGCAGCCAACUCUUAGUCCUCGUGUGCGCUCGCUACUAAAUCGCACAGGAAAUACUCAUUUAACCAACUUGUUUGCACGUCAAGAAAUAGACAUUUCAGUACUAAUUCAGAUGACACUCGAAGAUUUGGAAUCACUAGGUAUCCGAGGUGCCAAGGAAUUGAAACUAGCCUUGGAUCUUAUCAAAUUUGCGAAAAAUUUCUUUAAAAAGUGAUUGGUGAUUAUAUUUUUGUAAUUCAACUUUUUGUUAGUCAUUUUUGUCAUUAUUAUAACUUAUUAUGUCCUUUUGUUUGUGUUCUGAUCCGCUUUUAACUAAAUGUAAAUCAAAUUACUUACUAUAUUCAGAAUUUUCAAAAAUGCUUCAAAGAUUUUAAAAGUUGACUUCAUAUAUAUUUAAAAUAUCCAUAAUUGAAACAUUAUAUUUUAGCUUUACUUUAGCAAAUUGUAAAAAAUAAAUAACAAACAUCAAAAUAA